UCUUCCUCCUCCUCGUUGGCGGGGGCGGUGGCGGUGGUGGCCCCGCCGGGGAUCGGAGGUGUCCCCGGCGGGGCGGCUGCGGGAGUGAAGCUAAAGUAUUGCCGCUACUACGCUAAGGAUAAGACUUGCUUCUACGGGGAGGAGUGUCAGUUCCUGCAUGAGGACCCGGCCGCCGGGGCUGCCCCGGGCCUCGGCCUCCAUAGCAACAGCGUCCCCCUGGCUCUUGCGGGCGCGCCCGUGGCCGGCUUUCCGCCCGGAGCUGUCCCGGGCGGGGGAGCUGGGCCACCCCCGGGGCCCAAGAAGCCGGACCUGGGGGGCCCGGGGGCAGGAGCUGCAGCCGGCGGAGGAGGCAGCAGCGGCGGACUCGAUGGGCCACGGCUGGCAAUUCCUGGAAUGGACGGAGGUGCUUUAACUGAUACAAGUCUCACAGACUCCUAUUUUAGCACCAGCUUUAUUGGUGUCAAUGGAUUUGGAAGCCCUGUAGAAACAAAGUAUCCCUUGAUUCAGAGAAUGACUAACAGUAGCAGCUCCCCAAGCCUUCUAAAUGACAGUGCCAAGCCAUAUGCAGGCCAUGGUAGCAGAGAAUUGUCUAGAUUCAGAAGAAUUUAUGGAGAAAAGAUGUUUUGGGUUGGGUUUUUUGAGGGUAAAGAACAUGGAGAAGCAAAGAUACCUAGGCAGAAGCCAAGGAAGUAUCGCCUGGGGAUGCUGGAGGAGAGGCUAGUUCCGAUGGGAUCCAAGGCACGAAAAGCAAAGAACCCCAUUGGCUGCCUUGCUGACAGGUGUAAAUCAGGAGUACCCAUCAAUAUGGUUUGGUGGAACAGAGUCACAGAAAACAAUUUACAGACACCAAAUCCCACCGCAAGCGAGUUUAUUCCUAAAGGAGGAUCAACCUCCAGGCUGAGUAACCUGUCCCAGUCAAAUAUGUCUGCCUUCUCUCAAGUUUUCUCUCACCCAUCCAUGGGAAGCCCUGCUACUGCUGGAUUAGCACCAGGGAACAAGCUACCCUCUGAGUCAGCACUGGACUUGAAGAUAAAUCCUACAAUUCAUGAAACUGACUGA